GCAACGCCAUAAUUCACUAAUACGUCAUAAAUCGUUGAAAGUACCCGCGUUAUAACGACCAAGAGAAAUAUAACAAAUCAAGCGGCCCUUAAUACGCAACUGUUAAGGCUGCAACUCUCUAAAACAACCUAAAUGAGCUCGUACUUUGUAAACUCGUUCUCGGGGCGAUACCCAAAUGGCCCCGACUAUCAACUCCUAAAUUAUGGAACCAGCGGCGGCGGCGGCGCGAUGAACGGCGGGACGUACAGGGACUCUACCCCGGCCACGAUGCACCAUGCGACGGGCGGCUCUUACGGCUACGGCUACAAUGGCAUGGAUCUGACGGUGGGCUCCAGCCGGGGAGGAGGUGGAGGCGGCGGCGGAGGAGGAGGGGUGAGCGCCGGUAACGCCAGCGGGAGCGGCGGCGGCGGCGGUGGCAGCGGAGCCGGGGCGCACUUUGGCGGAGCGGGCGCUGUUGGAUUCGGAUCCCCGGAAAGAGGCUACAGACAGGCGGCCAGCUCGUGCUCCCUGGCGGAUACUUCACUUCUCUCCCCGGGAAACGGCAGCAGCGGAGCGGGAGGAGGAGGAGGAGGAGGUGGGGACGCCAGCAAGAGUUCUCCGUCCAAGCAGGAGGGCAGCGGCAGUGGCGGUCUCGUCUCGGCUAACCUGUCCUCUGGGGCCGGGAGCGUCGGAGGAGGCAAGUCGCAGCGCUUCACCGAGCUGGAUGACGGCUCCCCGGACGUGGAGGAGCUACACGCGGGCCACACUUCCAGCAGGAGCGGGCACAAGCAUGACGCGGGGCCGGCGGGGUCAGCACCGGCGGCGGGCAGCGAGGCGCACUCUCCCCAGAUAUUCCCAUGGAUGAGAAAACUGCACAUAAGCCAUGAUAUGACGGGACCGGACGGCAAGCGGGCGCGCACGGCCUACACGCGCUACCAGACCUUGGAGCUGGAGAAGGAGUUCCACUUCAACCGGUACCUGACGCGGAGACGGCGCAUCGAGAUCGCGCACGCCCUCUGCCUCACGGAGCGCCAAAUCAAGAUCUGGUUCCAAAACCGGCGGAUGAAGUGGAAGAAGGACAACAAACUGAAAAGCAUGAGUCUGGCCACCGGAGCUAGCGCAUUCCAACCUUAAAAAAAACAAACCCGAAAAAACACACAAAAAAAUGAAAACACACAAAAUAUAGGACCAGCCCUCAGCAAAGUAUCCGUCCAUUUCAUUUGGAGAGAGAAUUCUGGGCAGACUGAACAAAUAUAGGGAGAUUAAAGGGGAAACUUGAAGACACAUUCACAAAAAUAUAAUGAAGAAUAUGAACUUUUUGCGCGCGGAGAUUCCAAAAUGUUCCUUCGUGGACUGUAUACAGCAGCACUUUCAAUGUCUGGCAUGUGUGUUGUCGUAUUUUAACUGUGGUACAAAAACGUAAAGUGUUGUCGUCUUUUCUUGUCGUUAUAGUUGUUUAAAAAUACUACCUAUAACUUUCUACCUACCUACUUGUUGUUUAUGUAUGAUGUUUCGCAUUUGACAGCGCUUUUUCCGCAUGUGAGCUCUUAUUAUGAAAUUGUUAUAAGUUAUUUAGCGCCAAUAUUGUGCGUAUAUGUUAUUCCCGUGUCCUUUUUGUCGUUGUUUUCUCUAUUGAUGUCAUUCAAAACUGCUGCUUUUUUGAAGUGAAGUCAGCGUAAGAGUUCCACGUCCUCCAAGCCCCAACCGUGUACAUAUAGCAUCAAGUGCAAUUGCUAUAUUAAUGGUAUUGUAAGUAUUGAAUUUGCAAAACGUUGUAAAUAGUAUGCUGUACGGUCGUUUCUAUUGUGGCUACUCGGAGUUGUGAUUGGCAGCGGUUACGUGUGCGUGUGGCUUUUUAGAUACCCAUCUGUUUACGCGGACUGAUAUUACGCGCAGGUCAUUACAUCUAGGGUUAGCCAUGUUGUGGUCAGCGCAAAUCUCCAGGAAAUGAAUGGAAGUCAGUGUCCCUCGAUGACAAACGUGUACGUGUGGUGUACAGAAGUGUGUGUGUGUGUGUGUGUGUGUCUGUGUGUGAGUGUGUGUACGUGUGCGUGUGGCUGUGCGUCAAAACAAAAUGGCUACCGAGCUCAAAGGUCUGUAAGCUCUCUGCCAAUAAGCUUUUUGUAUUUGUUUGUAUCUUGGAGUAUAAUAAAACUGUGCGA